CAAUUGUUGUUUCAACUGUUGUUUUUUAGCUAACAAUGAGCUUGCCGCGGGUUUUCUUCGAGAUAAGCGCUGAUGGGGAGAAACUUGGACGAAUCAUUAUGGAGCUACGUUCCGAUGUUGUUCCCAAGACGGCGGAGAACUUCCGUGCUCUGUGCACUGGGGAGAAGGGCUACGGCUACAAGGGAUCUCCAUUCCAUCGAGUUAUUCCAAAUUUCAUGUGCCAAGGUGGUGAUUUCACCAAUCAGAAUGGCACAGGCGGACGUUCCAUCUAUGGGAAUAAGUUUCCCGAUGAAAAUUUUGAGUUGAAGCACACGGGUCCGGGUAUACUUUCGAUGGCAAAUGCGGGACCAAAUACAAAUGGAUCGCAGUUCUUUAUAUGCACCUCAAAGACCACUUGGUUGGAUAAUAGACACGUUGUCUUUGGCAAAGUUGUGGAUGGCAUGGACGUUGUGCGAAGGAUCGAAUCAAUGGGUUCAAAUUCUGGCGCCACAACCAAGAAAAUACUCAUUGAUGACUGUGGGGAUGUUUAGUGAGGCAUGCAAAUAUUUUGUAUAUAAAACACGUAUACUAUAUUAAAGAUAAAUCGAACUACAUA